UGUGCUACACAGUUUGAAAAUGCAGUCCGUGUCAUGCCGUGAAAAAAAUCAUUUAAUGCUUGAAUUUGGUGGAAAAUGUCGGACCCUAAACGUGUUACUCUUAUAACAGUGGGUGCUCCAAAAAGUGUGAAGAAUAACGUGAGAAAAACAGUGAGAUUAACCAUAAAUUUGGAUGAAAGCAACGAAAGUAAAUAUCCGGAGCUGAAUUACAGGGAACUAGUCAUUGUAGAAGAGAGGAGGAAAAGACAAGAGAAUGGAAAGACUGCCGGACUCGACCCGUUUUCGGACAACGAUGACGACGUCGAAAGGGAGGCACGUAAAUUUGAACAGAAAUACGGAGGUAAAAGCACCUACGGCAGAAAGGGAAGGUCGAAAAUGGAUGAAUUCGCCGACAUCGGUGCUGGAUAUGAUGAGACUGACUCGUUUAUUGACAACACACAUGGAUACGAUGAGAUGAUCCCGCCCGACCGCGACACUCUACACGGUGGGUUUUACAUCAACUGCGGCGAUUUGGAGUUCAAGAACCUGCCCAAGAACCAGCUGGCGACCUCGGACGGCGAGGCGGGCGGCAAUCGAAGGAAUAAAAGGCGGAUAUCGUCGAGUAGUAGCGAAGAGGACUCUUCAGAGAGCUCGUCGGAGUCGGAAAGCGCUGAAGAGAAAGACCCGAAGGUCAUCGCUAAUGGCGCCGUGGAUUCACAUAAGACUGAACAUCGGAAAAAGAAAAACAAAAAGAUCGAUAAGAACAAAGCCAAGAAGGUUCGCAGGACUGACUCAUCUGCGGCGACGUCAGGGAAACAGACCUCCGAUGAUAAUGCCGGCGGCGACGCGGACAGCGGCGACUCGCGGAGCUCGCGCUCGGACUCGCUGGCCUCCAAGCCGCCGCCCAGCUCCGAGACCGCCGCCACCUCCGACAGCUCCAGGGACGUGGAAAGCAAGUGUGCGGUGGAGCUCCCCGCGAGCGUGACGGCCGUGCUGGACGCGAUAGAGGCGGCCGUGGCGCAGCUGCCCCGCGCGCCCCCCGCACCCCCCGCGCUGCUGCUGCGCGCCGCGGAGACGCACGUCGCCAGACUGGAUCGCGUGACGUCACAGAGCGGGCUGGAGCGCGCCGGGCGCCGCGCCGCGUGGGCCCGCGCCGCCGCCCUGCUGCGCACGUCGCGCGCCGCGCUGCUGCACGAGCUGCGCCAGCCCCGCGCUUCCACUCCUACGACGAUUGCUCAAGCGACGCCCGCCCCCGCGCCCCCCGUGCCCCCCGCGCCCUGCCCCGCCGCCACCCCCGCACCCCCGCAACAACGCAACAAGAGAAAACAAGAUGAAUUUACGAAUAAAGAUUAUAGUCAUCUAAGCAGUAUCGAGAGGGAAGUUUUUAUUGUUGAAACUUUACACAGGUUACAGGAACUGAUAGAUGAAAGAAAACCUGCUAUGAUUGCCAGCUACAAUGCGGAGUGCGAGAGGGUGCAGGAGGAAAGAAAGAAGAUCCAGAUCGCGUCGGCGUCGGAGGGCGGCCCCGUGGUGGAGAAGCGGCUGCCGAAGCGGCGCUUCCCGUGGUGCGGGCGGGCGCGCGCGCUCGUGGGGCGCCUGGCGCGGCUGGCGGGCGGCGGCGCGGCCGGGGCGGCACUGCUGGCCGCGCGCGCACUGCCGCUCUUCCCCGCCGGCUUCGUCAGGAUGCCCACCCUGCUGCGACAGGCAGACUUAAGCAAAGAACUGAAAGUGUCAGAACUGAAGCGACAGCGGCUCGGCUCGUCCCACGGCGCCGCGCCCCCCGCCCCGCCCCCCGCCGCGCCCGAGCCCAUACACUUCCCGAGCUCGCUCACCGUCACCACGUCCACCAAGCCGCCGCUCGACAGAGCAGAAUCCGUCCACACAGACGACUCCAAGUACAAACCCAACGUACUGAACAAUUACACAGCGCGAAAGGAUCUCGAGAAACCAGAAAGAAAAGAAGAAAAACUCAAAGACGAUCUAUACGUACCUCCCAACAGCAUCGGCAGCAUAACAAUAACGCCCGUCGUCAAUCAGAAAACAGAACCUAAACUCAAACAGGACAAAGGCGUGAUUCGCGUGAGGUCGCCCGCCGCUCUCAACGAUCUAGUUCAAAAAGAAGAAAAACCCAAAAAAAUCGAAAAGAAUCACACGAAAGACAAAAUGGACGUACUGCACGUCGACACUUCGAUCACGGUCAAGGAGGUUCCGAAACCCAACGAGGUGUCGCAGAAGCAGAUCGAGAGCAUGCGCAUAGCCGAGAACAACAUCCCCAGGCCGGCGCUGGUGCCCGUGCACCACUCGCCGACCUUCGCGAAGCCGGACAAGCGGCCCCCGGAGGUCAAGAAGAAGAAGGACGUGGUCAUAGUGUCGGACCUGGACCCGCUGGCGGACAGCGCGCCGGAGCCCCUGUCCGUCGACGACAGCAGCAGCGACGUCGAGCUCAUCGAGGACAAAACCGAAAAAAGUGAUAAGUGUGAAGUGCCUUCCAAGGACAAGAACUCGCAAAAGAAAAUGUCGAACAAGAAAGUUGAUACCGACAGACAGAAGAGCGACGAGGCCAACAAGGACAUCGAGACUAUUAUAAGGACCAUUAAACAGAUGGAGCACUCUCAAGAACAAUCGAAAAUGAACAGUAGUAACUCGUACGGCGGGAUACCAAACGCGAAGCAGGACAAGUCUGCCGGGCAACACUACUCGAGGGACUCGUUCUUCGCUGACGGCCGCUCCGCCAAAGACAAGUUCGCAGAACAAACUUUUUUAAAGAAAACGGAUGGAUGUAGUGACGCACCCGAUUCCCGCAUCACGAAUGAAGAGAAAACAAAAUCAUAACUGAAAUUUGUCUAGGGAUAUUUGAAUACAUUUGUUGUUGGGUUCGUCAAACAAUAUUGUGCGGUUGUCUCAGAACGAUUUGUAUACGGACGAUAUAAUAAUUGAAAUCCUAGUCUUCCGUUUUCUUGCGUUGUCCUCUCUCGUACUGCUCUCGUGAUUGUGUUUCCGAGCGUCGAUUCUCAAUAUCUUUAGAAGAAAUAUCUAAAUAUAAAGAUGGUUGUGAUGGAAGGAAAGACGGAGCAGCGGAGACAUCGCUCUGUCCCUCUCGCACGUACCUCAUGACAAUGGCUCUGACGUCACGAACCAAUAUGUGUGUCCUGUUUCGUUGAUAAUUCCCCCUACUCUAUGAGAAGUUUUAGAACACGUUGUACUGAGAAUCGAGCCUUAAAUCUGGCUUCUUGUGCUAAUCAUUUUAUUUAUAUGAGGGAAAAAAAAACAAGUAUUAUUUUUUCGUUUCCUUAUUCCGUGUAUUCAAAUAUUGUGACAAUUGCAGAUCAAACAUAUAAUUGUAU